CCCCAGGUCAGUUGAUCGCCUCACCACCACCACAGAGCUAGGCGGGCACACUCCCUCCCCCCCUCUUGCUUGCUUGCUUGCUUGCUUGCUUGUUUGAGACAAAGUCCCCCAUGCCCCCGGAAGCCGGAACACCAACCCAACCUCCAUUAGCCUAUUGAGAAAUCAAAUCAUCCAUGGCAUCCAAGAACUCACCUACCAGGUGAGCCAUCAGGCCCCAGUUGCCAUAGGAUCCAAGCACCAAAGACGCCAAGAAACCCAAGAACCACGGUGUCCUGGUUAGGAAUCGACCGACCGACGGCCAUGGCGCCCGAGGAGGCGAGCACCCAUGGAAGGUCACGGGGGGCAACUGCCAAGAAUCGAUAAGGGGCAGUGAGCGAUGGAGGCGGCGCCCGUCGCACAUCUGGGCUACGACCAGGUGCUGUCCAUCCUGCGCCUCCUCCCCGCCGAGGCCGUGGUCUCCUUCGCCGCCACCUGCCGCGCCUUUCGCGACUGGGCCUCCACUGACGUGCUCUGGGAGGCGCUCUGCCGCCGCGACUGGGGGGCACGCGCCGCCGCCGCUGCUGCCGUGGCGCUCGCCGAGCGGCGGUGCAGAUUGCCGUGGCGCCGCCUCUACGCCGAGGUCGCCCGGCUAGACGCCCUGUCCGCACGCCGCCUCCGGGUGAAGGGGCUCUCGCCACGGCCCCGGGCGUCGCACUCGCUCAACCUCGUCGCCGGAUGGCUUGUAGUCUUCGGCGGUGGCUGCGAAGGAGGUCGCCAUCUUGAUGAUAUUUGGGCAACAUAUCUUGGAAAUGGAGCUGGAAAUAGAUCGUCCAGUGUACUUUGCUGGCAGCAAUUUCCCUCUGGCACUCCAAAUGGUCGCUUUGGUCAUUCAUGCACUCUCGUUGGUGAUGCACUAGUCAUGUUUGGUGGGAUCAAUGACCGCGGGCUGCGUUUGAAUGACACAUGGAUAGGUCAAAUCAUUUCUGAAGAACCUUGUAAGAUGAGGAUCUCAUGGAGACUGCUGGAGGUAGGCCCAAUCACACCAUCUCCUCGUGGGGCCCAUGCAGCCUGCUGCUUGGAUGAUAAGUUCAUUAUGAUUCACGGUGGCAUAGGGGUGCAUGGAAGCCGGCUUGGUGAUACAUGGCUUCUUGAUCUCUCGGAUGGCCUUCGAUCUGGCAGUUGGCGCCAAAUGGAGGACACUGGACCUUCUCCUUCACCUCGUUCUGGCCACACUUUAACUUGGAUUGGUGAGACGCACCUGGUUCUUUUUGGUGGUAGAGGAUCAGAAUAUGAUGUGCUUAAUGAUGUCUGGCUGUUUGAUAUUGGCGAUCAUCUCCCACAGUGGAAGGAGCUAAAGUGUGACUUGUCCAGUAUUCUAGGUGAAUUGCCUUCUCCACGGGUUGGGCAUUCAGCAACACUUGUCUUGGGAGGCAAGAUCCUUGUAUAUGGUGGGGAGGACUCACAAAGGCGGCGGAUGGAUGAUUUCUGGACCUUAGAUUUACCAGCUUUACGUCAGUUUCAGUCAGGUUCCAGGAAAAUGGCAAAGCGUAUGUGGAAGAAACUAAGGACUGAUGGUCAAUCUCCACAUUGUCGGUCCUUCCAUGGAGCAUGUGUAGAUACUUCUGGUUGUUGUGUGUACGUUUUUGGUGGAAUGGUUGAUGCACUUGCGCAUCCUGCAGAAUCCUUGGGCUUGAGGUUUGAUGGGCAGCUGUAUCAAGUGGAGCUUGUGCUGCAUCUGUAGAAUAUGUAUGCUGUUUAGAUCCUAAUAAUGCUACAUUGUGUAGUUUUUCUUGUCAUGACUGUUAGAUAAUAAAAUCCAAAGAUCGUGCUCACGAUAUUUUAGAUGAUCAAGAUCUUUGCUUUCACAUUUCA